ACUAAUACCAGUACUUUUGCAGUUGGGGAAAAGCCAGGUUGUUGGUACAACAAUCACACACACCUAUGUUGUUCCCACAGAUUAGCCACUGAUCGCUGACAAAGUUCCUUACUUCCUUUCCAUUGAUUUAUUGCAGCAAUAGAAAUAAACCACCCCAGAGGCCAUGCCCUCUUUCGGCUGGGAACCUAUAAAUACCAAGGUAUUUUUACUCAAAUUGAGAAGCAAAAUGAUCCCCAGCAAAAUGGGGACCUCCACGUUCAUCCUUGGAGUGUGUCUUUUAUGGGGUCAAAUUCUGACUGCAGGAUGGGAGCCCUCCCUGUCGAGCUGCCCCCACAACGAAUGUGUCCACAAGGAAGAUGCUGGAGUUGUGUGCUCAGGUAGUCCCAACGUCACCCUGUGCUGUCACCUUGUACCUUCUGUUUCCAGUGUUGAUGCCAGUAUAGCUGAGGGGACAGAAUCUGGUUUGGCUCUGAGGCUGGUGAAUGGAGGUGACCGGUGUCAGGGCCGCGUGGAGGUUCUGUACCGAGGCUCCUGGGGCACCGUGUGUGAUGACCUCUGGGACACCAAUGAUGCCAACGUGGUCUGCAGGCAGCUGGGCUGUGGCUGGGCGAUAUCAGCUCCAGGAAAUGCCCGGUUUGGUCAGGGCUCAGGACAGAUCGUCCUGGACGAUGUGCGCUGCUCGGGACAUGAGUCCUACCUAUGGAGCUGUCCCCACAGAGGUUGGCUCUCUCAUAACUGUGGUCACCAUGAGGAUGCUGGCAUCAUCUGCUCAGGUGGGCCUCCAGAUCACUCAGCCACCUUCUGGGCUGUGGUGCCCACCACUCCCCGACCCAGGCCACCAGGUUCGCAGCACCCAACAGCUGUGAUAGAAGGGACAGGAUCUGGUUUGGCUCUGAGGCUGGUGAAUGGAGGCGACCGGUGUCAGGGCCGCGUGGAGGUUCUGUACCAAGGCUCCUGGGGCACCGUGUGUGAUGAUGACUGGGACACCAAUGAUGCCAACGUGGUCUGCAGGCAGCUGGGCUGUGGCUGGGCCAUUUCAGCCCCAGCAAAUGCCCAGUUUGGUCAGGGCUCAGGACAGAUCGUCCUGGACGAUGUGCGCUGCUCAGGACAUGAGUCCUACCUAUGGAGCUGUCCCCACAGAGGUUGGCUCUCUCAUAACUGUGGUCACCAUGAGGAUGCUGGCGUCAUCUGCUCAGGUGGGCCUCCAGAUCACUCAGCCACCUUCUGGGGUUGGUCAACUAGUGGCUCUGCUUUGGGAAGAAAAGGUGUAAUGUGCUCGCCAAGCAAAUUUGCCUGGGUCAGUGUCUGUAAGGUCACUGUCCUUGGCCAGAGCCCAGACAUGGUCCAGGAAUUAUCCCAAAGUUUAGACAUCAAUGAGAAAUUCUUGUGCCCUCUUCCAGAGACAGAUUCCGGUUUGGCUCUGAGGCUGGUGAAUGGAGGUGACCGGUGUCAGGGCCGUGUGGAGGUUCUGUACCAAGGCGCCUGGGGCACCGUGUGUGAUGACCUCUGGGACACCAAUGAUGCCAACGUGGUCUGCAGGCAGCUGGGCUGUGGCUGGGCCAUAUCAGCUCCAGGAAAUGCCCUGUUUGGUCGGGGUUCAGGACAGAUUGUUCUGGACAAUGUGCGCUGCUCGGGACACGAGUCCUACCUGUGGAGCUGCCCCCACGGAGGCUGGCUGUCUCAUAACUGUGGACACAGUGAGGAUGCCGGUGUCAUCUGCUCAGCUUCCCAGAACCAGUCCACGGCCAGGCCAGUUUUCAGGCCCCUGCCGUGGAGGGGGAGUGAAGGUAUAAUGUGCUCUCCAAGCAAAUUUGCCUGGGUCAGUGUCUGUCGGGUCACUGUCCUUGGCCAGAGCCCAGACACACUUCAGGAAUUAUCCCAAGGUUUAUACAUCAGUGAGAAAUUCUUGUGCCCUCUUCCAGAGACAGAUUCCGGUUUGGCCCUGAGAUUGGUAAAUGGAGGUGACCGGUGUCAGGGCCGCGUGGAGGUUCUGUACCAAGGCUCCUGGGGCACUGUGUGUGAUGACCUCUGGGACACCAAUGAUGCCAACGUGGUCUGCAGGCAGCUGGGCUGUGGCUGGGCCAUAUCAGCUCCAGGAAAUGCCCGGUUUGGUCAGGGCUCAGGACAGAUCGUCCUGGACGAUGUGAGCUGCUCAGGACACGAGUCCUACCUGUGGAGCUGUCCCCACAGAGGUUGGCUCUCUCAUAACUGUGGUCACUAUGAGGAUGCUGGCGUCAUCUGCUCAGGACCCCAGGAGUGGCUUGCCGUGCAGCUCGUGGAAGGUUCUGGAAGGUGUUCUGGCCGUGUCGAGGUGUAUUUUGAAGGCACAUGGGGCACGGUGUGUGAUGACCUGUGGGGCAAGAACGAAGCUCAGGUGGUGUGCCGGCAGCUGGGCUGUGGGACAGCCGUGUCCGCCCCCGGAGAGGCCCACUUUGGCCAGGGCACCGGCCCCAUUCUUCUGGACAAUGUGCAGUGCUCCGGGACAGAGGCCUACCUGGGGCAGUGCUCCCACGCCGGCUGGUUUGCCCACAACUGUGGGCAUGGGGAAGAUGCCGGAGUCAUCUGCUCAGACUGGCCACAGUUGCAGCUGGUGAACGGGCCCAGCCAAUGUUCCGGACGUGUGGAAGUUUUCUAUCAGGGCCGGUGGGGCAGGGUUUGUGAUGACCGAUGGGACAUGAAUGAAGCCGAUGUGGUAUGCAGGCAGCUGGGCUGUGGGCGUGCCCUCGCCGCCCCUGUUGAGGCCCAGUUUGGCGAAGGCUCGGGCGAGUUUCUGCUGGAUGAUGUAGCUUGUACAGGAAGAGAGAGCUUCCUGGGACAGUGCCCUCAUGCAGGCUGGUACCUCCAUAAUUGUGGUCCUGGAGAAGACGCCAGCAUAGUCUGUGCAGACCUUGUGAUUACAUCGGGCCCACCUCCAGUCAGUUGGCCAGGUAGCCUUAUUUUCAUUUCCACGGAGGCCUGGCCUGCCCUGAAGCUGGUCAAUGGCAGAGGAAGAUGCUCUGGGGGAGUGGAAGUUUCCUACCAGGGUACCUGGGGGUCAGUGUGUGAUGAUGGCUGGGGUCUGAAGGAGGCACAGGUUGUGGGCAGGCAGCUUGGGUGUGGACAGGUGGUGUCUGGCCCACAUGGUGCCCACUUCAGCCCCAGCUUUGGGAAGAUUCUCCUGGACAACGUGCAGUGCAGUGGUGAGGAGCAGCACCUGGCCCUGUGUGCCCACAACACCUGGUUCACUCACAACUGUGGUCACGAGGAGGAUGCCGGAGCCAUCUGCUUGGGUGAUGGGCUCUCCCACGGCAAGCCCCUCACCUCCAGAAGCAGAAUUAUCAUUUUCAUCGUCAUCAUUGCCAACAUCAUCAUCAUCAUCAUCCUCAUCGUCGUCAUUGCCGUUGUCAUCACUGUCAUCAUCACCAUCCUCCAUCUCAUCAUCUUCAUCCUCAUCUCCAUCCUCUUCGUCAUCAUCUUUUUCAUCAUCGUUGUUAUCAUCACCAAUGCCAUCAAUAGCAGCAUCACCACCAUCUCUCCUAUUAUCAUCACUGAGGUCUUCUCAGAGCCUUCACUGACCACAGCCCUUGAGGCCUUGACUCUUCCACCAGCAGAGGCCUGGAUGGAAGUGAGGCUGGUGAACGGUACAGGGAGGUGCUCAGGCCGCGUGGAGGUCCUCGUCCAGAGCACAUGGAGGACUGUGUGUGAUGACCUCUGGGACCUGGCUGAGGCCACUGUCGUGUGCCACCAACUGCAGUGUGGCCAGGCUGUGGAGGCCCCCAUAGGCGCCCACUUUGGGGCGGGCGCGGGGCAGAUCCUGCUGGACAACAUGCAGUGUGUGGGCAGUGAGAGCCACCUGGGGCAGUGUGUGCACAGGGGCCAGGCAGAGCUCAACUGUGGGCAACUGGAGGAUGCUGGCGUCGUCUGUGAAGGUGCUGACGACUCACCAGGCCCUACUCCAACCAUAGAGCCAGAAGGUGCCACCCCACCCUACACACCAUCAGGUGAUGGACGGUCAGCCACCACACCCACAGCCGCACCUCCCAGCCUUCGCCCCACACUCACACCGGCAGGGGCCUGGAUGGAGGUGAAGCUGGUGAACGGCACAGGGAGGUGCUCAGGUCGGGUGGAAGUCCUCAUCCAGGGCACGUGGGGGACUGUGUGUGAUGACCUCUGGGACCUGGCUGAGGCCACGGUCGUGUGCCGCCAGCUGCAGUGUGGCCAGGCCAUGGAGGCCCCCAUGGGAGCCUACUUCGGGGCAGGCUCCGGGCAGAUCCUGCUGGACGACUUGCAGUGUGAAGGCAGCGAGAGCCAUCUGGGGCAGUGUGUACACAGGGGCCAGGCAGGGCUCAACUGUGGGCACCUGGAGGAUGCUGGCGUCGUCUGUGAAGGUGAGGGGCCUUUACCUCCCCAGGACUUCACCACAGUGCUGAAGGUUCUCCGGCUCCCCCUCCCACCACAGAACCUGAAGUUACACCUCCAUCAGACAUGCUCUUCGGGCAAUACCCUGACACCAUCAUCUGUACUUCCAAUGCUUUGGGCCUCCACAGGGGCCUGGAUGGAGGUGAGGCUGGUCAAUGGCACAGGGAGGUGCUCAGGCCGCGUGGAGGUCCUUGUCCAGGGCACGUGGGGGACUGUGUGUGACGACCUCUGGGACCUGGCCGAGGCCACCAUUGUGUGCCACCAGCUGCAGUGUGGCCAGCCAGUGGAGGCCCCCACAGGAGCCCACUUUGGGGCGGGAGUGGGGCAGAUCCUGCUGGACGAUGUGCAGUGUGUGGGCAGCGAGAGCCACCUGGGGCAGUGUGUGCACAGAGGCCAGGCAGAGCUCAACUGUGGGCACCUGGAGAAUGCUGGCAUCGUCUGUGAAGGUGCUGACGACUCACCAGGCCCCACUCCAACCACGGAGCGAGAAGCUGCCACCCCACCCUACACACCAUCAGUCCCUUGUGGCCAGGCUGAGUCACUGGUGGGUGGAAACAGAAAUCAUCAUUUGACACCUUGUUCUUCCUCAGGAGGCUGGGCCCCUGUGCGGCUGGUGGGAGGCCGAGGGAGCUGCUCUGGCCGUGUGGAGCUUUUCUACCAGGGAGUCUGGGGGACCGUGUGCGAUGACAUGUGGGACCUGCAGGAAGCCAACAUCGUCUGCAGGCAGCUGGGUUGCGGUUGGGCCAUUUCGGCCCCCGGCGAGGCUCACUUUGGGGAAGGUUCUGGGAAAAUCCUCCUUGACAACGUGCACUGUACAGGCGAGGAGCAGCACCUGGAAGAAUGCUCCCACAUUGGCUGGUUUUCCCACAACUGUGGUCACAGUGAAGAUGCCAGCGUGAUCUGCUCAGGUAAACCUCUGCUUCUUCCCUGGGCAGGUCUGGCAUGGGCUUUCCGAGACAGUACUUUUCAAUGUCAUUGUAGAAAUAUGUUGAAAAUGUGCCUGUGUGUUAUCUUCUCACGGCAGGUAUUCUCAUCUCUAACACUUACAGGUGCUGAAUACUCAACCGUCACACCACCAGGUAGGGAAGGCAAUGCUCAUAUUUGUAGUGUAUCAAAGCUUUGGGGAAGGAAUCCUGAUGGAAACUGGAUGUGUUCUAUUCUCCAAGCCUGUGGCAUACUGAGAGAUAGGGAAUCACCUGGUUGCCUCGACUGCACCAAUGAGUAUUUGGAAAUCCUGGAUGGGCCUCCAUCCUCGACCAAGUCCCUGGGGAAGACCUGUGCUGGUUCCUACCUGACCUACGCGUCCUCCUCCAGCUCCAUGACACUCGUGUACUUCCGAAGCUUCAACAACAUCGGGAAAAACUUUGUUGCUUAUUAUUACUCUGCAGCCAAAGGAGACUGGCCGGAGCUGCGACUGGUGGGAGGCCCUGGUCAAUGCUCAGGCCGUGUGGAGGUCCUCCACCAAGGGGCCUGGGGCACUGUGUGUGACGAUCUGUGGGACCUGAAUGAAGCUGAAGUUGUAUGCCGCCAGCUGGAGUGUGGCCGGGCUGUGUCUGCCCUUGGAAAGGCUCACUUUGGCCCAGGCUCGGGGGACAUCUUCCUGGACGACCUCCAGUGUGCAGGUGUGGAGCGCUAUCUGGGCCAGUGUGCCCACUCGGGCUGGUCAGAGCACAACUGUGGCCACCAUGAGGAUGCCGGUGUCAUCUGCUCAGAGAAGUCUCCCCAGGCCCCUCCUUUCUAUUAUUCUCUCCAAAGCAUCCUGCUCUUCUCCUUCACUGCACAAACCACAAUAAACGUGAAGAGCAAGCCCCAAGGCCCAAGAUCAGUGCCUGUCCAGUCCCUCCCCUCCCCUCCCCCAUAUCCCUUUUCCCCUCUGAGGCCUGGUCCUGGUAGAUCCCAGGUGAGGUCCUUUAGGGAUUCAUGCAUCACAUCUCUGUCUACAGGAGACUGGCCAGAGCUGAGGCUGGUGGGCGGCUCAGGUCAGUGCUCAGGCCGUGUGGAGGUCCUCCACCAAGGGGCCUGGGGCACUGUGUGUGAUGACCUAUGGGACCUGAAUGAUGCCGAAGUAGUGUGCCGCCAGCUGAGGUGUGGGCAGGCUAUCUCUGGCCCCAGUGAGGCCUACUUUGGCCCAGGCUCAGGAGACAUCUUCCUGGACAACGUCCAGUGCUCGGGGGUGGAGCGCUACCUUGGCCAGUGCGCCCACUCGGGCUGGUCGGAGCACAACUGUGGUCACCACGAGGAUGCCAGUGUCAUCUGCUCAGAUGCUGAAGACUUGCCUCUGCCCACAUCUCCAGGUCUUCCUACAGCACCUCAGGAUCAUAUAACAGGAGGAAGUAGUUCCUGUGGAGGGGUCAUUUCUAGUCUCUCUGGCUCAUUUUCUAGUCCUCAGUAUCCGGAAAGCUACCCCACAGACGUCCAAUGUGUUUGGGAGAUCCAUGUGGAUAAAAAAUUCCACAUAGAACUCAUGAUUCCAAGUUUGAAACUGGAAGAUAUCCUUGGAUGUCCCUACGACUCAGUCGAAAUCUUCAAUGGCCCCAGGAUUGCCUCACUAUCCAUGGGGAAGUUCUGUGCCCCAGUCACUGUGAUCUUUUUCUCCUCCUCAAACAUUAUGACUGUGGUGUUCCGAAGUGACUCUAUGAUAACCAACAUCGGCUUUUACGCUCUGUUCAAUGCGAUUCCACGGAGCGAAAGGGAUCCAGCUGAGAAGCCCCCAUUUUCCUGUCCCUCAGGUGUGUCCCUGCAGCUGGUGAAUGGCAGCCACAGGUGUGAGGGCCGGGUGGAGGUCUUCUACAACAGCACCUGGGGCACAGUGUGUGAUGACAGCUGGGAUCUGACGGACGCCGGGGUUGUGUGCCAGCAGCUCGGCUGUGGCAAGGCCCUGUCGGCCCCAGCUCAGAGCUACUUUGAUGGCGGCAAGGGCCACAUCAUGCUGGAUGACGUCCAGUGCACGGGCAGCGAGGCCAAGGUGUGGCAGUGCCCGCACAAUGGCUGGCUCUCCCACAACUGUGGGCACCACGAAGACGCCAGUGUCAUCUGCUCAGAUCAGCAGAGGUCAGGGCCGUGUUCUGAUGGGGCUUCUUCCAUGUUUCUUGCAGAUGAAAAUUUCCAUUGUGGCGGUUUGCUCACAAAUAAUUCAGGCUCGUUCUCCAGCCCUUGGUAUCCCAAAAAAUACCCCACAAACAUGGUAUGUGCCUGGGACAUACAAGUGGAUACCAGGGCCCACGUCAAACUUAGUUUUGAAGUGCUGAAAAUGGAAAAUUUCUAUGGCUGUCCGUACGACUUCAUUGAAGUUUUUGAUGGCCCACAAAGCGAACCUUUGUCAUUGGGGAGAUUCUGCGCCAGUACAACCCCAAUAUUUACCUCCUCUUCAAACCGCAUGACGGUGGUGUUCCACAGUGAUGCCAUCAUCACCAAUAUCGGCUUUUACGCAUCCUACGAGUCUCUCAUGCAAGACGAAAAUGAUACGGAUGUGGCCCUCCGGCUGAGCAAUGGCAGCCACCCGUGCGAGGGCCGCGUGGAGCUGCACUACAACGGCAGCUGGGGCACCGUGUGUGAUGACAGCUGGGACCUGCGAGACGCCCAGGUGGUAUGUCGGCAGCUGGGCUGCGGCAGGGCAGUGUCGGCCCUCGGGUGGGCACACUUCAGCCGUGGCCUGGGCGCCAUUGCUUUGGACGACGUGGAGUGCAUGGGGAAUGAAGCCAGGCUAUGGCAGUGCCUUCACAGCGGCUGGUUCUCCCACAACUGUGGCCACCACGAGGAUGCCAGCGUCGUCUGCUCAGACCUGCCCCUGCGCCUGGCGGGUGGACGGAGCCGGUGCCAGGGCCGCGUGGAGGUUCGGCACCAGGGCGUGUGGGGCACGGUGUGUGACGACCACUGGAACAUCAAGAACGCCCGGGUCGUGUGCCGCCUUCUGGGCUGUGGCCGGGCGCUGGGCGCCCCGGGGCACGGCCGCUUCGGCCCAGGUGUGGGGCCCAUCCUGCUGGACGACGUGCGCUGCGUGGGCAACGAGGAUGGGCUGGAGCGCUGCGCCCACGCGGGCUGGGCUCGCCAUAACUGUCGCCACAGGGAGGACGCAGGCGUGGUCUGCCAAGCCCAGCUGUCCUGCCUGCCUCACCUCUUUCAAGCCAUCAUUGACCGAGGCUAUCUCCGGAGGCUGGGCUACUCCUCCUGGGACCUCCACUUAAAUGAUAAGCUGUGUCGCCCCCAAGUGUCGGGGCACUACCUGAUCUUCAACAUUCCCUAUGGCCACUGUGGUACCGUCUGGCAGGAAAGCCUUGGCUCCUUCAGCUACUCCAACUCCAUUAGAGGCCGAAUACUUGGCCACCCUGGCCGGGUCAUUGUGCGGCACAAGGUGCCUCAGCUCAAGCUCACUUGCAGGGUGGACCGUCCCUCAGCAGGUGCAGUUGUUCAUGGGGCUGACAUUCCGAGCGAGGGAGUUGGCUAUGACGUGUCUAUAACAUUCCUCAAGUCACCCUCGUCCCAUCAUAUGGGGGGCAUGAAGCCACACUACACCAGCCAGAGGCAAGAGGUCUUCCUCCAAGCCAUUCUCCAUAGCCACGAUCCCAACCUGAUGCUCUUUGUGGACACCUGUGUGGCUUCUCCAGAUCCCCAGGAUUUUACAACUGCCAAGUACGAGUUGAUCAAGCAGGGGUGCAUCAAAGACAAUACCUAUGCCAACCUCCACUCCCGCCAGAAGAACGUGGCCCAGUUCAAGUUCAACGCCUUCAGCUUUCUCAACAGCUAUGAUGUGGUCUAUCUCCAGUGUAAGAUUGCUGUGUGCCUAGUAGGCGACUACUCCUCCCGCUGUGCCCACGGUUGUGUAGGGCAGAGUAAGACAGGCGCAGGCCCCUUAACAGCCAAGGAAGGGCAGACUGAGCAUUUCCACAUAGUGGGACCACUGGAGAUACACAAAGGAACUGGUCAGAGCAAGACUCCCAUGUGAUGUCUCCAAUCUUCAUGUCUCAAUCUGUUUGAAAUUAGAAGGCAAAGUCCAUUUCUCUUCAGUGAAGUAGUAAGUUUUACAAAUCAGAAGUUAUCCAUGUAGAGACAGAAAAGAAACCGAUAGAGGAGUUUCUUCUCUGAGUUUUGUUAAUAAAUAAAUCUUCUUGUUUGAUUACUAAACUUCUAAGGCAUUUACUGUCAUUUCAGGCUAGAAAUCCUGAAUGUCUGAAUU